UUCCCAAACUGUUGCAAGGCUUGUUGAUUUCAUUUCGCAACAUAUCUCAAAUACACUGCCUUCUUUCCUCUGAUUGCUGCCAUCACUCUAGUGCAGGCCCUCAGCACCUCCUGCCUGGAUCAAUGCUAAUGGGUCAGUCUGCUUUAAUCUCUCUCCAUCCAAUCCAUGCCACCAAGGUGAUUUUCCUAAACUGCAGAUCAGAACAUGUCUGACCCUCACCCCCUUCUCAACAAACUCCAGUGGUUCUUUUUUGCCUACAGGAUCAAAUACAGAAUGCCCAUUUGGCAUUCAAAUCCCUUUAGGAACUAGCCUGCCCCUGUCUUGUGAGCCUUCUUAGACUUCACUUCUGAUCCAGUGGCAGUGGACUCCCUGCUAGUUCUUUAACAAGGCGCUCCAUUCCUCCCUGCUCCUGACAUUUUCUCUGCCUGUCUCCAAUGCUUGGCACGCUCUCCUCCUCAACUGCCCCUGCUGACUUCCCGGGCUGAAAUCCCAUUUUUUCCAAGAAACCUUUCACAAGCCUCUAAAUUCUAGGGCUUUCCCAGAAACGACUCAACGAGAAAAAGGAGAGAAGGACUUUGAACUAGACACGCGUCCACCCCAUGCUUCCACCUCCUAGAGAGCUUUCUCGCCUCUACAGAAGCCAUUGGACAGCUCCCGAGAGAUUUCCACCACCCCCCCGGGGGGGGAGCCAAUGGGAACCAGAGAACUCCCCAUUCACUAUAACUAGGCGAACUCUUGGAUGCCUCAGGUCACCUUCAAUGGCCGUGACCUUGGACUUGACUCCCGGGCCCCGCAGCCUGUGGGAUGAGCCCGUGGCGAUUGCGGUGCACGGUCUGGCCCCUGCCCAGCGGGUCACCCUGCGCGCCUCCCUCCGCGAUGAGAAAGGGGAGUUUUUCCGGGCCUCGGCCCGCUACGAGGCCGACGCCCGCGGGCAGCUGGACCUGGCGCGGGCACCCUCCCUGGGGGACAGCUACAGCGGCGUGGAGCCCAUGGGGCUCUUCUGGAGCAUGAAGCCCGACAAGCCCUAUUGGCGGCUGGUGAAGCGUGACGUGCAGACUCCUUUCCUCGUGGACCUGGAGGUGUAUGAGGGUCACGACCCGAAACCCACUAAACUGCUGGCACAGGUGGUCCACGAGCGGAGCUUCCUCGGGCCUGGGGUGCAGAGGAUCCCGGUGCGAGAAGGCAGCGUGCGCGCCACCCUCUUCCUGCCUCCCGGUUCAGGGCCCUUCCCUGGGAUCAUCGACAUCUUUGGAACUGGAGGUGGACUGUUUGAGUAUAGAGCCAGCCUGAUGGCUGGACAUGGCUUUGCUGUGCUGGCCCUGGCAUACUAUGCCUUUGAGGACCUCCCCAAAGACAUGAGGGAACUUCAUCUGGAAUACUUUGAAGAGGCUGUCCAGUACCUGAAAAACCAUUCCCAGGUAAAGGGUCCAGAAGUUGGGCUGCUUGGAUUUUCUAAAGGGGGUGAUCUGUGCCUCUCCAUGGCCUCUCAUUUGAAGGACAUCACAGCCACUGUCACCAUCAAUGGCUGCCUGGCAAAUGUAGGGUCUGCACUACACUAUAAGGGUAUGACCAUUCCCUCAUUGAAGAAUGACCCAAAACGUAUCAAGAUGACUGAAGACGGGUUUGCAGACAUUGUUGAUGUUCUCAACAAUCCUUUGGAGGAACCCAACAGAAAAAGCUUAAUUCCAGUUGAGAAGGCUGAGAGUUGCUUCAUGUUUCUUGUUGGUCUGGAUGACCACAACUGGAAAAGUGAAUUCUAUGCCAACGAAAGUGCCAAAUUGUUACAAGCCCACGGGAAGAAAAAACCGGAGAUCAUCUGUUACCCUGCAACAGGACACUAUAUUGAGCCCCCAUAUUUCCCUGUAUGCCUGGUUUCCUUUUACAGUAUGGUGGGUAAACAUGUGAUCCAUGGAGGAGAAGUUAGGGCCCACUCCAUGGCCCAAAUUGAUGCUUGGAAACAACUCCAGGCCUUCUUCCACAAACAUUUAGGAAGUGAUCCGAUAACACAUCCCCCCAAAUUGUAACUCGCCAUUUAGAAAUUCAGAUGGUAUAUGGUAAGAGUGUAUUGAGAUGAUACCAACUAGAGAGAUUAAUUUUAGAAUAAUUGGAAUAGGGGCAGAGCCAAGAUGGCAGCUGAAAAGCAGGGACUAGCAUGAGCUCCCCGCCGAGUCCCUCCAAAAACCUAU